AUGUGCGACUUUUCAGAAUAUGGCCCUAAGUCUGCCGAAUGGCUUGCGGUAGAGGCGAGUCUCCUGCCUCCACCUGCGUUUACGGAUAUCUAUGAGAGACAAGCAGUAAUCAACAAAGGUCGUGAGGAGAUUUCGGCGAAUGGAAUGAAGGAGCUGGGUCACUUGGUCUGUAUGAAAGACCACAAAAUUCCUACGAGAGACAAUUCUCUCAUAGAAGCACGAUGCUAUAGACCUGUCGAUGCAGCAGACGAUGUUUGCCUACCGAUUUAUAUCCACCUUCAUGGCGGAGGGUACUUAUUCGGAACACUCUCAUCCGAAGAUGCCAUAUCCUCACGAAUCGCAAUUGGAGCGAAAGUAACCGUCAUCAAUGUAAACUAUCGUCACACGCCGGACCAUACUUUCCCUACAGCUUGGAAUGAUGUCGAAGAUGCCUUUUACUGGGUACACGAUCACAUCGACGAUCUUCAAGGCAAACCUGAACAGGUUAUCAUUGGCGGUAUCAGCGCUGGUGCUCAGUUAGCAGCCGCUCUGGCUUUAAGACAGAAUAUCUCUGCAUCAGAUAUACGCCAAUAUCCCAAGAUCGCUGGACAGAUCCUGAUGAUACCAGCCUUGGUUCAUAAGGAUCAUUAUCAGUCACAAAUUGACCAACUCAAAAGUCCCCUGGUAUCUUCAUAUGUCCAGAACGAGGAUGCUCCUAUCCUUCCCAAGAAGGUCAUUGACCUUUUUACUGGAAUGUUGAAAUUCCCUUUCCCUUUCCCAGAUGCUGAGGACUUCCGGGCAAACACCGGAAAUGCAUCAGCUUCUCAGGUAGAGGGUCUUCCUCCCACUAUUUUUGGAAUCGCUGGUGCCGACCCUCUGCGGGAUGAAGGGCUCUUGUAUGGCAAGAAGCUUGCUGAGGCAGGUGUACCUACGGAUAUUCAUGUCUUCAAGGGACUACCCCAUGGGUUCCGUAGAUAUGGGGACCAGUUGACGGAGUCUAAGAGAUGGGAUAAGGUUAUGGAGGAGGGAAUUACUUGGGCACUAUCGAACCCUGAGGCUCGGAAUUUUGAAGUUAAAUCCACCUAG